AAUUAAAAAUUUUGAAGUUUCCAAACUGGUAACACCAUCACCCUUCUCUUCCCUCUUCCCUUCACUCUUAAACGGAUUCUAGGGUUUCUGCCCCCAAAAUUAUUAAUUCCAAUUCCUUCCAACAAUGGCCAAAAAGAAACAGAAGGAGCCUCAACAAACCCCUCAAAACGAUACCGUUUCACCCCCUUCCAGCAUUUUCAACACCCUCUUCGGCAACGCAUCGGAACAAAUCACACCCACCGCCGCUUCUCUAUUUUCCGAUGACAAUCCCUUCAAGAGAAAGCCUGCUAAAUCUACUUCCGUUUCCGACGUAACCGACAAAACUCUGAACCCCGAAAACGCCGUCGUCGAUGAAAAGAAGAGGAAGAGGAAGAAAGAGAAAAGCCCCGUGCUUGAUUCAGAUUCCAAAAUCGAAGUUUCAGAGAAAAAGAAGAAGAAGAAGAAGAAAAGCGGUUUAGGUGAAAAGGAGGAGAAAGAAAAAGAUAAUGAUAAUGAGAAUGAGGUUAGUUUGGGUGAUGAAGAGGGGAAGACGAAGAAGAAGAGGAAAAGGGAUGAAGUUGAGAAAGAGUGGGAUGAGAAGAAGUUUGGGAUGGUUGAAAGGGAAGAGCUUGGGAAUGAAACAGUUGGGAACAAGAGAAAAGUGCGUCAUAAUCCAGCAGAUAUGUUGGUUUCAAAAGAAGGUUUUGAUGAUGAGGAUAAGCUUUUGAGGACUAUUUUUGUUGGGAAUUUGCCUCUUAAGGUUAAAAAGAAGACUUUGUUGAAGGAGUUUAAGAUAUUUGGUGAGGUUGAAUCUGUUAGGAUUCGCUCUGUUCCUUUACAAGAUACCAAAAAACCUAGAAAGGGAGCCAUCCUUUCGAAGAUGAUCAAUGAAUUGGCUGAAAGUGUCAAUGCCUACAUUGUUUUCAAAACCGAGGAAUCUGCUCAGGCUUCAUUGUCCCAUAACAUGACUGUGAUUGAAGGAAAUCACAUCCGUGUUGAUAGGGCCUGCCCACCUCGCAAGAAACUUAAAGGGGACAGUUCUCUGCUUUAUGAUAAUAAGAGAACUGUUUUUGUGGGCAAUCUUCCAUUUGAUGUGAAGGAUGAAGAGCUUUAUAAGCUAUUUUGUGGUAUAUCCAACCUAGAAUCAAGUAUAGAAGCUGUUAGAGUUGUUCGAGAUCCUCAUCUUAAUGUUGGAAAGGGAAUUGCCUAUGUGCUAUUUAAAACAAGGGAAGCUGCCAAUUCCGUUCUUAAGAAACGGUCCUUGAAGCUUCGUGAUCGUGAAUUGAGACUAAGUCAUGCUAAAGCAGAUGCUACUCCUUCUAAAAGGCCUUAUUCUCCAGCAGCACGACCCAGUCAUGGCAAAGCAGAUGCUACCCCAUCUAAAAGACCAUACUCUCCAGCAGCACGAGCUCAUAGUACCCCUGCAAAGAAGUUCUCAGGGGCUUCAAGGUCUCCUUCAAGCAGUAAUAACAGGGCAAACAAAAAUGCUACUGCAUCUUAUCAGGGUCUGCGUGCAACCAAAUCUGAUGUCCACAAGAAAAGUCAUGGUGGUGAAAAACCGAAAGAGCGCACGAAGAAAAGACCAACAGUAGCUGCCAGAAAGGCUAAAGCAAACUUGCAGAAAGAAGGUGGCACACCAAAACAAACAGGGUCAAAACGCAAGUUUGAUAGUCGUACUCCUGAUAGCUCCCGACGGAUUAAUAAAGCCCAAAAGAAGAGGUAGCAUGUUUCUAAUUUCAUCAGCGAUUAAAUUUUAUUUUCCUCUGGUUAGAGUUUGUUGGCUAUAAGCCCGAAGGACGAAUGUGUGCGCACGUGGAGGAAAGAGUUUGACACUGAUGAUUAUGCUGUGGGGUGCCUUCAGUGUUCUUAAUUAAAGGUGUAACUGAACAGUUAAAAAAAAGCAGUAAACAGGGGGAAGCAAAUUAACUCUUAUAUCUUUAAUUUUUUUGUAUUAUUUUGUUCAAAAACUUGUGCAAGUUCCAUUAUAGAGAUUUGAUAAGGUUUUAUGUGGCACAUCUGUUUUGGAUAUAGGAAUGGUCCAUCAAUUUUGCUCGUGAACUUAUGUUUAUCAUAAAGUUUUAAUUAAGCUGCUGUAUCCCCAUCACUGAUAGAAUGAACUUUGUUGUUCCAUCUACAA